ACUUACCUACCGGGCCCAAAAUCAUUCUCUCGCCGUUCGCCGUACACGCCACACUCGUGCCGUUUCGUUACGCGCUCGUCGUCCAUUUUUUUAUAUCUGUACGUUUUUGUGACUGUGUGUGUGCCGCUUUCGGUGCGACUCGAUAUUAUCGCCGUUUACGACGUCGUCAACCAACGGUAACCGGUGUGAUUUUUUGAUAAUUGUUCGUUUAUUUGAAAAAAUAAUUUUUUUCGUCUCGCGUCCGUUGUUCGCUCCGCGCGCCUACAUCAACCCGUUUUGAAACGCAACUCGCGCGAACUUCGCCGCCGUCUGUACAGCAGCAGAGCUGCAGUGUGACGGAUUAAAGUGCGCGAAAGCUACGGACCCGACCGGUGACGGACAAGAGGAGAUACGCCGGAACUGUACGAGAGGGAGCAUUAUAACCGUCGUUCGACGUUAUAAAUUUUACGGUUCGUUGUGUAUAUUUGUUUGAUUUAAACCCGUCGAUCACCAUGACCGUUACGUAUGGCGUGACGGGGACGAACGCCGACGGAGGAGGAUCCGUAAACAAUGGUAGGAGAGUGCUCAUGGCGAAAACCGAUUCCCUGAGCAAUGUCAACAAUAACAACAACAGCACCAGCGUCAACAAUAACAACGGAUCGUCGUCAAUCACGGGCAAGGCGUCCGUGUUGAGCGUCAGGCGCGUGCUGUUCGGGCCGCCGGCCGACCCGGCAGAGACGCGGGCGUGGCUUGAUAGACAAUUGUGUGCGGCCACCGCGGCCGAUUCGCGGUCGUGGAACUUUGAUUUCGUUAACGAACGUCCGCUGCGUGACAGCCCGGCCGACCGUUACGCGUGGGAACGCGUCUGUCCACCGAAGCGUCGUGAGGAGUCGGCCGCAGCGGACUCGACGAUCACUGCGACAGCACAACAACAACAACAGCAACAACAACAAGAAGAUUGCAGCCGAACGGUCGUCAAGCAGCAGCGACAGUCCAAAGUCACAGAUUUCAUGAGCAAGACCAAGAAACGACCGUUGAGUGCUUCCGGCAGGACUCUACGCUCGAACAACAAAGUCGUGGACGAAUCCGAAUCGGCGAACAAGCGGAGUCGCCGUUCGGUCGCGACGACGACGACAACGACGACGAUGAUGGCUAUCUAAUUCGAAAUUGGAAAAAAAGGCAAUAUGCUGAGUAAAUAAUAAAAUAUAACAUAAGAAUUUUAAAAAACAAUAAUAUAAUUUGAUGCCCAAAAGUUUUUCACAUUUUCGACGCAAAAUUUCGAGAUCUCCCAAGUAUAGAUAGUCUUAACUAUAAUAAUAUAAUAAUGAUAAUUUAUAUUUAUAUAUUAUAUAAUCUUCUCCAGGAAUUUUCCUGAUAAACACGUUCUUAUAUGACAUUAUUUUAUGUGUAUAAUUUUUUUUUUUUAACAAACUCCCCCCCCCCCCCAUCGUUAUUGUACAGAUGUUUUUAAAUUUUAAAAAUUUUAAAAAUUAUGUAUUUUUUUUUUUUUAAACAAUUAAUAUUUAUACUGUUUUGUUUUUUUGAUCUCCUUCACGAAUAUUGUUCGGUUUUUAUCCACCGCCUAUGCGCAGACUAAUUUUGUUGUUUUAUUUGUCUACGUUAUAAUAUUACAAAUAAUGAAAAAUCUUAUCUAUUAUCCAUCAUAAUAUAAUAUUAUGUUAAGCAUAUUAUAGCUUAAUGUCUGUACGUUUAGUAUUAGCUCUAGAUUUUAAUGUUAACGUGCAAUUAUACAUUUAACUUUUUUAAUUUUAGCUUGUUGAAAAAAUCAUAAAAAGAGUGGUAAGAAAAAAAACAUCAUCAAGUGAAGGAAAAUGAAAAAAUUUUUCGUCAGACAAUUUUUUUUUAUUCGUUUUUUUUUUUUUUAUAUAUGACGAUCUUUUUCCAUGAUUUAAUGUAUUUCAAUUUUCGAGAAGAUCUCAAUUUUAAUGAUAAAAAUCCAAAGAUUCAGUGGUCUCUUUAUAUCUAAUUUUACAAUGUCCAAAGAAAUAUAUCUUUCAAAAUCCAAUUCGCGAAUCAAAAUUUAAUCAAAGGUGAUGUAUUACUAUCGAAUCUUAUACGCAGGUAUGAUAUAGACGAUAUUAUUUAUUAUGUGACUCGUCUUAAGGGCGGGGAUGAUCUGCAGGGGGAGGGUAUAUCUGUGUAGAUCGUUCGCAGUUUACAUACAUCACUUUAUUUUUAUUAUUAUAAACAACGUUUAAUCCGAGCUCUUCAAGAAUUUAUUUCAAGUUUAUGCGCAUCACAAAACGAUAAUAAUAAAAAUGAAAAUAUAAUUUUUAAACAGAAUUUUUUUUUUCAAUAUGGGACUGAAACGAUCUCAUUGUUUUAACUAUUUUUUUACACAAGGUUAUUUUGAACAAAAAUUUUCUCUUCUUUGUUGUGAAAAUAUCUUGUAUAGACUAAUUGUUUUUCUUGUUAGUAAAAAAAAAAAAGAAAAAAAUUAAAAAUAAUAGCUCAAAAAAUUGUUCCGCUCCGGCUAGUUUGGACGGUUUUUGUUCUCAAUUGUUAAAAUCUUUUCUUAUGCCUAGUUCAACCUAUGAUGUAUUAUUUGUCUGAUCUCAUGAGGAUGGAUGGAAAAAUCGAUAUUUUUCGUAGGUGUGAAUGAAUUCAUUUUAUAUGAUGUAUAUUAUUAUUAUUAUUAUUAUUAUAUAAUAUGUGUUGUAAGAGAAUUUUUUUUUCAAUUAAGAUCGAAUAACAAUUUUUUUUUAUUUUAUAUACAUAUAUAUAUAUAUUAUAUUAUAUUAUAUCUAAUAUAUAAUCGGUCGUUUUAAUAAAAAAAUUUAUAUUUUAUAAAAAAAAUUGUAUAUACAGUUUAUAUAUAUAGGACCGUGUUGUUUUUUUUUUUUAAUCGACAGUUUUUUUUUUCAUUAGAUUUAGAUAGACAUUAGACGAUACUUUGAACGUAGAAACUAUUUGUCUUAAGUUUUAGAAUUGACAUAAUUAUAUUAUAUUAUUAUUUAUUAUAUAUGUAAAAAAUAUAAUAUUUUAUAUUAUAUAUUUAUGUAAAAAAAAUAUAUACAUAUAUAAUAAGAAUUGAAAUACUUAUUUUAGUUUAAAAAAAUAUAAUAAUAUUUAAAUAUUUAA